AAUAAUUGAUAGAUGUCUGAGUGCAGGGUGAUGUUUGUUAUAGUCACAUUCAGAACCUCUGAACUUAGUUUGCUUGUCAACGCUUCCACAUGGAGGUUCAAAAAGCAGAUCUUUUAUUUUGUCUUUUCCUCUUCUCUGUUUUCCUAACGGACUACACUGAAAGUACAGAAGAUUGUAUGCACUGCAGAGGAGACGACUACAGAGGCAACAUCUCCAUCACUGAGAGUGGACACACCUGCCAACGCUGGGACUCUGAUCCACUAAAUAAAUACACGGCAUCAACAUACCCUGAGAAGAACUUGGAGAAGAACUACUGCAGGAACCCUGAUGGAGAGCUCAGGCCCUGGUGCUAUUCCACAAAUCCGUCCAAACGCUGGGAGUUCUGCUCUAUUCCCCGAUGUAGAACUGAACCAGCCGCAAUAGUUCCAGAUCACACCUGUAUUACUGGAGAUGGAAGCUCUUACAGGGGAACUGUUUCUGUGACCAAAUCAGGGAAAACUUGCCAGAGUUGGACAUCUCAAACUCCUCACACGCAUGGCAGAACUCCAGACAACUCCCCAUGCAAAGGUCUUGCAGAGAACUACUGCAGGAACCCUGGUAAUGACCGAGCGCCCUGGUGUUUCACCACAGACCCCGAGACCCGCUGGGAAUACUGCAAUGUGUCCAGAUGUCGAGAAAAAGAAUUAACUCAUCAAAAUGAUGGAAUGAUGCAAAUAUUUGGAAUGAUGUUGCCUCACAGCAAGAAGAGACUCUCUAUCCAGUCGUAUACAGGGUGGCGGCACCGCAUCGAGAUGAAAAUAUUUAAACUUUUCAGAGUGCCACAAGUGCACGGCAGGUCAUAUGACAAGAACCAACCAACCAAUAAAGACAAGCUCAGUGAAGAUGGAGACACAGAUGAUCACAGCAUUAAUAAAUCUAGUAGCGAGUUAUUGAAAGUUCAUUCCAGAGGGCUUGUAGAGAACUACUGCAGGAACCCUGAUAAUGACAGAAUGCCCUGGUGUUUCACCACAGACACCGAAACCCGCUGGGAAAACUGCACUGUGCCCAAAUGUGAUGACCAACCUGAACCUGAAGAUUGUAUGCACUGCAGAGGUGACUACUACAGAGGCAUCAUCUCCACCACUGAGAGUGGAUACACCUGCCAACACUGGGACUCAGAUCCAAAAAAUAAAUACAUGCCAUCAAAAUACCCUGAGGAGAACUUGGAGAAGAACUACUGCAGGAACCCUGAUGGAGAGCUCAGGCCCUGGUGCUAUUCCUCAAAUCCGUCCAAACGCUGGGAGUUCUGCUCUAUUCCCCGAUGUAGAACUGAACCGUCCACAAUUGUACCAGAGCUCACCUGUAUUACUGGAGAUGGAAGCUCUUACAGGGGAACUGUUUCUGUUACCAAAUCAGGGAAAACUUGCCAGAGCUGGGCAUCUCAAACACCUCACAAACAUGACAUAACUCCAGACAACUACCCCUGCAAAGGUCUUAAAGAGAACUACUGCAGGAACCCUGAUAAUGACAGAAUGCCCUGGUGUUUCACCACAGACCCCAAGACCCGCUGGGAACACUGCAAUGUGCCCAAAUGUGAUGACCAACCUAAAUCUGGUCUGUAUCUGAAAUGUGGACAGCCAGCAAUAGAAACAAAAAGUUGCUUGUGGCAUGUUGUUGGGGGAUGUGUUUCUGAACCCCACUCCUGGCCUUGGCAGAUCAGUCUUAGAAAAGGUCCUGAGAAAUCUCACUGGUGUGGUGGAACUCUGAUUGAUCCGCAAUGGGUCCUCACCGCAACACAUUGCCUUAAGGAGUCUCCAAGUCCAUCUUUUUACAAGAUCUUCCUCGGAAUCCGCACAGAAAAUGGGUCUGAAUCAUCCAAACAGGAACGAGGUGUUAUUAAAAUGGUUAUGGAACCAUCUGGAACUGACAUUGCCCUUAUAAAGCUAGACAGGCCUGCAGUACUUAAUGAUCAGGUAUCGCUUGCUUGUCUACCCGAAAAGGACUAUAUUGUACCAGACGGUACUGAAUGCUUUAUAACAGGCUGGGGAGAGACACAGGGAACUGGUGGAAAGGGUUACCUGAAAGAGGCCAGCGUACCAAUAAUUGAGAACAAACUCUGCAACAAUCCGUCAUUUUUGAAAGGCCGCAUAAAGGAACACGAGAUGUGCGCUGGACACAAAGAGGGCGGAACAGACUCUUGUCAGGGUGACAGCGGUGGACCUCUCGUCUGCAAAGCACAGAACAAGUUUGUUCUUCAAGGAGUGACAUCAUGGGGUAUUGGUUGUGCUGAUGCUAAGAAACCUGGAGUGUACGUCCGAGUCUCUAAGUUUAUCAACUGGAUUGAACAAACCCUGAAAGAAAAAUGAUGCAUCUAGCUUUUCUGUAGCUCAGUGGUAAAAUCAUGGCACAAGCAAUGCCAAGGUCAAGGCUUCGAUCCCACAGGAUUGCACAUAGUCAGAAACAAAAGUAUAAUAUAAAGCAAUUUAAGCCAAAUGCAUAUUUGCAAAUCUUGAACACAAAUGUAUAAUGGGAUAUACAUUAGAAUUUAAAUGUACAUCUUCUCUAUAGAAUAAAAUUAUUAUGAUACAAAA